CUCGGUGCGUCACGAUCGUUGGAAUCCGAGUCGAGGAAAUGAGGAAAUCUAGCCCUUUCCUCAUUUUUUUUUAUCAAUUCGAUGUUAAAAAAAAUUAUUCGCCUUCAUUUCUUUCAUUCCCAAAUCAUAUAAGAUCCCUUGAACAAUAUAAUCCUAAAUCCAUCGUAAUUCGUACUGAGGAUCUGAUAAAUCCUCGAUAAAUCACGACCUUGAACGUCGAAGAUCCGUCGCGAUCUAUCAAAAGAAGAAGAAAGUCUUUGCUUUUUGCGGUCCGCCAGACGCUUCUGACGAUCAAAACGUUGUCGAACGUGGAGCAUCGAGCAUCGUCCAGCGUCCAGCUGCGAAACAUAAUCGACAUAAUGCAGGAUUCAGGCAGGAAUAGUUAGAGAUUGUUAGAUGUAUCCGGAUAUGUCCGAAAGUAUGCGAUGUCGCGAAUCUUCUCACGUGCCUACGUUGCUGUGAUCUUCUCUGUAGAACGUAACUCGAGAUAGAGUGGCUGUAAUUCGUUUGGAGAUUUAAUUUAGAGUCAGGGAAAAUAGGAAAUUUUAAAGAGCAAGGACGAUUGGACGCAGCUGGGACCUCGCACGUGUUUCCGCCUGUAAAACAUAACCUGCUAUCUUGAGAGCGCCUUUUCAAGCUUUGGAAAAAAUAAAUCGCCCGUCGUGCUUCGAAUGUCCUUUCGAAUAUCCUUUCGAUGUCAUCGCCAAAGUGGAGCCAACAGAAUUAAAAUAUUCGAGUUACAUCGCGUGUCACGUUCCUAUAAAUUGUCAUCCUGCAAAUGACUUAGCACAUAUUUGUUUUACUUUUGCGAAUAGAUUUGUUCUUUAUUCAUAUAUAAUAAUAAAUAUCGUUUGUAUAUAAUAAAAUACUGUAAAUUAUUACUUGUAGAUUUUUCACGUAAGCUAACAUACAUUAGCACUUAAUCGCGUAACAUUGCGCUGACAUCGACUAUUUAUCAGAGCCGUUGGACUCCUCUUAAAGUACUGAAAUGACAGUAAUACUAGGAGGCGGUAUAUCAGGCCUGUCGGCAGCGUAUUACGCUCUAGACGCGAAACUAUCGUCUAUCAUUUUACUGGAGGCUUCCAGUCGCGUGGGUGGGUGGAUACGUAGCAGAAGCUCGCCUAGCGGAGCGAUUUUCGAGCAAGGACCAAGAACCGUAAGAACACUUGGCGAAGGUGGGAAAAACACCCUUAAUCUGAUAGAUGACCUGCAAUUGAACGACAAAUUAGUUUACAUUGGAAUAAGCCACCCUGUGGCGUCGAAUCGAUUGAUUUACAUGGACGAGGCGCUGCAUCGUCUGCCAAAUUCUUUGAAGGGUAUCUUCAAGACGUCCUCGCUGCUAGAUCGUCCCUUGAUCAACCGCAUAUGGACGGACUUGAGGGCUCCCAAGGUGUCUAUGGAGGACGAGAGCAUUUAUAGUUUCGUCCAAAGAAGAUUGGGCCAGGAUAUUGCGGACAACAUCAUCAGCCCCAUGAUCUGUGGGAUCUGUGCGGGCGAUGCCCGCGAGAUAAGCGUUAACUUUCUGCUCAAAUCGCUGUUCGAAGCGGAACAGAAACACGGCUCCAUAAUGAAAGGCUUGCUGAUGAAAAGAAUCUUUGCAAAAUCAAAAGACAAAGCUGACGCAGCGAAGGAUAAUGCGGAUCAUGAGUCCGCGGUCGGAUCGUUGACUUUGGUGGAGAAAGCACAAAAGGAGAGAUGGAUACUGUGGGGCUUGCGGGGAGGACUCGAGCAAUUGCCUCGGGCACUGGCCGAUAACGUGAAGGAACGAGGAGCGCGGAUACAGACUGAGAAGAGGUGCGAAAAGCUUACGUUUAAAUCGGAUCGCGUGGAACUGUCGGUCAAUGGCGAGCCUCAGGAAUGCUCGCGCGUUAUCUCGAGCUUGGGCGCGAAGGACCUGGCCGAGCUGUUGCGCGAGCAACAUCCUGGACUGUCAGCGGAACUUAAAGCGAUACCUACCGUAACGGUGGGAGUGGUUAAUCUUGAAUUCCAGGGAAAUGUACUGCUUCUGCAGGCGUUCGGCUUCCUCGUACCGCCGAAGGAAAAUUUACCUCUGCUAGGGGUGAUCUUCGACUCCUGCAUAUUCCCCGAGUCUUCCACGGUGUUGACGGUAAUGAUGGGAGGUGCGUGGUUCGAGAAAUAUUUCGGGCCAAAUCCGUCGGAGGAGCAAUUGUUAACGACGGCGAUUAAUCACACCAGGAAUAUCUUACAAAUCGAAGAGGAACCAGUCGCCCACAACGUUGCCGUUCUCAAGGACUGUAUUCCGCAGCACGUCGUCGGUCAUACCGCACGUGUAAAACGCAUCCACGAUUACAUUUCCGCGCACCAUAUUCCCCUGGCGCUGUGCGGUUCUUCUUACCAAGGUGUAGGACUCAAUGACGUUAUUCUGUCAGCAAAACAGGCCGUUCGUGACGUUGUAAAAUAAUUGCAGAAUCGCUUGAUUCG